AUGGGCUCCAACGAGACACCACCGAUUACAGAGGACGGAUCUUCCCCAACCUCAAUUCCCGAUGGCCAUCCCCCCGUCGCCGGCGGCGGAUCCCUGCUGCAAGCGGCGUCAGACUACGCCGGAGCCCAGACCGAAAACAGAGCUUCCAGGAAGAGGAAAGCCAGUCUGCUACCUCUCGAGGUCGGUACUCGCGUCAUGUGCCGAUGGAGGGACGGAAAAUUUCAUCCAGUCAAAGUCAUCGAACGGCGCAGAAUGCAGUCGGGUGGGCCCCAUGAUUACGAAUACUACGUUCAUUACACCGAAUUCAAUAGGAGGCUUGAUGAAUGGGUUAAACUUGAACAAAUUGAUCUUGAUUCAGUAGAGGCUGUUGUAGAUGAGAAGGUGGAGGACAAGGUGACAAGCUUGAAAAUGACACGCCACCAGAAACGUAAGAUUGACGAGACACAUGUAGAGGGAUGCAAACCUGAAAGGAAAGGGAAGAUAGGAUGGAUUGUAAAGGCUUUGCUAGGUGUUAGUGAGUCAUAUAAGCAAGGGGUAAUAGGGUUACUACAAGACAUCUUUUUUUCUCCGGCUCGAUGGUUGCCUCCUCCUCCUACUCUCUCGACUGCAAUAAACAAGUCUGACAAAGUGAAAGAACUCUGGCGAAUCGAUUCAAACCAAACAAACCAGCAAUUCCGACGAUUGUGUAUCGAAGCGAAGGAACUCUGGCAAAUCGAAGAAGCAACUCUAAUGACUGUGUAUCGAAGGAAAGGAACUCUAGCGAAUCGAAGCAACUGGGUUAUUUUAGAUUUGCUUCAGAUCUGGGUUGCUCGAUCUGGGUUGCUUCAGAUCUGCUUUUCUCUGGGCCAUGAGGAGCUUGAUGCUGCCAGCUUGCGUGAACAUGAAGAAUUCACUAAAGUUAAAAAUAUAGCUACUAUAGAACUUGGAAGAUACGAGAUUGAGACAUGGUACUUCUCCCCCUUUCCACCAGAGUACAAUGACUGUUUGAAGCUGUACUUUUGUGAGUUUUGCCUCAAUUUCAUGAAGCGCAAGGAACAGCUUCAGAGGCAUAUGGCUUAUACUGCAAAUUGCAACUCAUUUAUUGAUCUAUAUAUCUUAUCAGCCCCUGUAUUAAGCUUGUUAACCAACCUGGGAAAAUGUGAUACUGAUGUUGCCAACCGGCCCAAAUUGAACAGGGUUUUGUCUGGUAAUUUUACUGAAACAGAGGCUUCAGAUAUAUGGUUUUCUGAUGGGUAUCAUGAAGAGUAUUCCUACAUGCCACUGGCAGUGGAAAGAAUGUGA